UUCUACCAUUUUAGGGCUCUAUUCUUCUUCUCAAGCUCAAGAUUUUUGGCCCUCAAUCUCUCACGAGGUCUCUCUUCCUCAUUUCCAUCACCUCAUCAGAUCUUUGAGCUUGAAGACAAAAUAUUCCUAGUAAUGGAGUUUUGUAUUGGGGGUGAUCUUGCUGCAUACAUUCAACACCAUGGAAGAGUUGCAGAGGACAAUGCUAGGCACUUUAUGAGGCAUUUAGCUUUAGGGUUACAAGUUCUUCGUGCAAACAAUCUUAUCCAUAGAGAUUUAAAACCACAGAAUCUUUUGUUGUCAUCAAAUAAUGAAAACCCAGUGCUAAAGAUUGGAGAUUUUGGUUUCGCCAGGCAUCUGCAUCCUCAAGGAUUGGCAGAAACGUUGUGUGGUUCACCUUUAUAUAUGGCUCCCGAAAUAAUUCAGAACCAAAAAUAUGAUGCAAAGGCAGAUUUGUGGAGUGUCGGUACAAUCCUUUUCCAGCUAUUGACAGGGAAACCUCCAUUUGAAGGAAAUAACCAAUUUCAGCUUUUCCAGAACAUAUUGAAGUCUACUGAUUUGCAGUUUCCACCAGAUGUUAUUAGGAACCUACAUCCUGAUUGCAUUGAUAUGUGUAGAAGCCUUUUACGUCGUAAUCCAGUUGAGCGAUUAACAUUCGAGGAGUUCUUCAAUCACAAAUUCUUGGCUCUUAGGCCAUUGCAGGUUCUCCAGCAUCAGGCACCAAUAACAGAAGACAUGCCUCCAGUUACACAUGUAGUGGGGUCUGCAGUGGACUUGGCACCAUCCACCUCUUUGGAUAUGUCUGAAGGGCAUCCUUCUUCACCUAUAAAAGUGAGGUCAUUAAAUGUGGAGCACUCAGAAAGUGGCAGUGCCCCUAAAGGACUUUUAGUUACAGCCACAUCAAAUGUUGACUCUUUGGAGAGCAUCGAGCAAGACUAUGUUCUGGUGAAUGCGCAUAUUUCCUCAUUGGAGAUUUCCAGUUCUUAUGGGACUUCAGAACAAUAUCUACUUGCUGCCCAGCUCCAUAGAUGUGGACGGACUAAGGGUGUAGCCUCUGCACCAUUGCAAAUUGAAGAGCAAAGUGUUAGCUCUGUAUGUGGUAUCAGUAAUCUGGGAAGCCAUGGUUUGCCCCCAUCAGCAACAUCUGAAUCAUCAACAUAUCAAGCAUUGACAUUUGGAACAUCAACUGAAUCAGAUGAUGUGCAUGAACCAUCAACUUUGCCACCUUUGAAGAGGAUCCAGUUAUUGUACAAGUACGCUCACCUUCUUUCAGAACUAGCAAGGCAAAAGACUGAAGAAGGGUUGUGUCAAGGGAAAAUGCAGUUGCAUCGAGAAGCUUUUGUGGUUCAUCUUGUAGCCUUGAAGGUAUGGACAAAAUGUAACAAUGCAUCCAAAUCCUGGGCUGAGUCACUUUCAAAGGGAGAAUCCAUCAAGAAUGCUUUGGCUCGUGAAGCUUCUCAAGCCCAUGAAGGCGGAAGCUCACUUAUCGGAAAAGCACAAAAUGAAGGGGGAUCCUCGUCUUUAAGCAUGCACAAGGAUGUGGAUUUCAGCAGCCCUGCAUCUGUGUGCUUAUGGGUGAGGCAGGGAUUAAUUGAGGCAAUUACUCGAGCUGAAGAGGCUGGCAAUUACGUAAAGAAUGAUGAUGACAAGAUGCCAGAUGGUAUGUUUAUUAUUUAUGAAGCUGCACAAGAUGCUGGGGCAAAGGGUGGGGGUUAUGAGAUGCUGCAAGACAUGAGCAACGCAGUAGCAUCCUACUCGAAAGCCAUAAGUUUAUUUAGAUUCAUUGUGAAAGAAGCACCUUCCCUGCCAUUGAGACCACGCUUUUCUUUAUCUGUUUCUGAGCAGCAGAGAAUUCAUGUGUACAUAGAUAAACUAAAGGAACGCUAUGACUACAUUUCAAGACUUAUAGAAGCUCAUAAAUAAUGAUACUUAUGCCAUGGUGUGUAUAUUACAAUGGCAAAAUGAUUUAUUUUUUUUAGCUACAGAAAUGUGCUUGACAUGGACUAAUAUAAAUCAAUGCAGUUACAAAUGGAUUUUCUUUGACA